UAGAAAAAGGAAAAGAAGUUGCUAAAAACAAUGGAAGGUGAGAGGAAAGGGGUGAGAAGAAGAGGAUGCGUUUGCGGUAAAGGAGAUUUUCUACCAGAGGAAUCGUUCAAGAGUUGGGGGAACUAUGUCAAGGCAUGGAGCGAAACCGGAAUGCGGUUAAAGGAUCGCAUUCUGACUCGGUCCCUGGACGAAACCGAGCUGAACGAGAUGAAGGCUCGAAGCCAGAAUGACAUGAAGAAGAACCUCUCAUGGUGGGACCUCAUAUGGCUGGGCAUUGGCGCUGUUAUUGGUACUGGUAUCUUUGUCCUCACCGGCCAAGAGGCCAGGUACGAUGCCGGCCCUGCUGUUGUCUUCUCUUAUGUCGUCUCCGGCAUCUCAGCCAUGCUCUCCGUCUUCUGUUACACCGAGUUCGCCGUCGAAAUCCCCGCCGCCGGUGGGUCUUUUGCUUACUUGAGGGUAGAGCUAGGAGACUUCAUGGCCUUCAUUGCAGCCGGAAACAUCCUCUUCGAGUAUGUGAUCAGUGGAGCUGCCGUGUCCCGCUCCUGGACCUCUUACUUCGCAACUCUCUGCAAUCACAAGCCCGAUGAAUUCCGUAUCAUUGCCAACGGCCUCGCCGAAGACUACAGCCGCCUCGAUCCGAUUGCUGUUGUUAUCAUCGCCAUUGUAGCCGUAUUUGCAAGCAGAAGCACAAAAGCCUCGUCCCGCGUCAACUACGUCGCUUCCAUCAUCCACGUCUGCAUCAUCCUCUUCGUCAUUAUCGCAGGAAUGGCCCAUGCCGAUACCAAGAACUAUGCUGUGUUUGCUCCGUUUGGAGCUCGUGGCAUCUUCAAGGGCUCAGCCGUUCUCUUCUUCGCCUAUGUGGGGUUCGACGCUGUGUCGACCAUGGCGGAGGAGACAAAGAACCCAGGUCGGGACAUUCCAAUUGGGCUCCUGGGGUCCAUGUCGAUCAUCACAGUAGCUUACUGCCUUUUUGCUGCCACGCUGUGCCUCAUGCAGCCUUACGACCAGGUCGACCCAGACGCACCAUUUUCAAUGGCCUUCAAGGCUGUGGGAAUGAACUGGGCCAAAUACAUUGUUGCUCUUGGGGCGUUGAAGGGUAUGAGCUCGGUAUUGCUCGUCAGCGCCAUAGGCCAGGCCAGGUACUUGACCCACAUCGGCCGCACCCACAUGAUGCCGCCAUGGCUGGCUCAUGUGAACGAAAAGACUGGAACACCGAUCAACGCCACAAUCACUAUGCUCAUAGCAACAGCCAUUAUUGCAUUCUUUACAGAUCUGGACAUCCUCUCCAACCUCCUAUCCAUCUCAACCCUCUUCAUCUUCAUGCUUGUUGCCGUUGCCCUGCUUGUCCGCCGAUACUAUGUGACCGGUGUAACCACGCCGCGAGACCGUAACUUGCUCAUAACCUUCCUGUUGACCAUAUUGGGAUCAUCAUGCGCCAUGGCUGCCUUAUGGGCAUUGGGUGAGUCGCGGUGGGUAGCGUAUUUGGUCGUGGGGAUUCUGUGGCUUCUCUCGACUCUGGGUCUCAGGCUGUUUGUGCCACACGCUCGGGACCCCAAGCUUUGGGGAGUCCCACUUGUGCCAUGGUUGCCCUCGGCCUCCAUCGCCAUCAAUAUSUUCCUGCUGGGAUCAAUUGACGGGAAGUCUUACAUGAGAUUUGCAAUGUGGACAGGGUUGCUUCUGCUCUACUACUUCUUCUUUGGGCUGCAUGCUUCAUACGAUACUGCCAAGGAGUUGAGCGAGAGCAGAUUAAAAGAUACACAACAGUUGCAGAAGAUUGAAGAAGGAACUAUGACUUCAAGAGAGGGGGAUGCCAGUGGUGGCAUAGCUUCUACAACUCCCAGCAGUUAACUAGCUUUGGAUGGAGUUGCAAGUAAUUCUUUGCUACUUUAUUUCGGGACAACAUUCAUUAUGCUUAGGCUUCAUAUAGAAUUAGCAUUUCUUAUCAGUUGUUGUAGUCUCUGG